UUUAAUUUUUUUCUUUUUUCUUUUUCCUUUUUUAAAAAAGAAAAAAAAAAUAGUAUUGUCGUCUUCCCCUUUAAUUAUAAUGAAUGAAAGUUUAUUAUCAGUAAAAAAUGCAUCAGGUAGACAAGUUAGUUUAUUAAAUUCAAAUGUUGACAUUGAACAAAAUAGUCCAUCUUCGAAUGAGCAACAACAACAACAAGAUACGUCUCAACAGCAAUCUAAAAGAAAAUAUCACUGUACUGAGCCUGGAUGUAAUAAAAGCUUUACAACCAGGUAAAAUAAUAAAAUAAAUACAUAUAAAUAGAUAUCUAUCUCUCUCUGGUUUAUUUUAUUUUAUUUACAUUAUUACUAGUGGCCAUCUUG